CCGCCUCCUUUUUUGUGCCGGUGACGAAUGUGUCGGGCUGGCGCGAGCGCGCGCGGGGAGAGGAGCAGCCCGCUCGGCGGCUGGGGAGCCAGCGCCGCCCCGCCGCGAUGGAGAGGCCGGUCAGGAGGAAUAAGAAAAUUGUUGAUUAUUCACAGUUUGGGGACUUUGAAAAUGAUGAUGAAGACUUUGCCUGUGUACCUGCACCUUUAAACAAAAAAUCUAGAGUAGUACCUACAGAGACAAAUAGAGAGAAAAAGGAGAAGCAGAAAAGGCCACACAAAGAGGUGACUACAGUGCCGAAGAAAACACCCAGUAAAAGGAUAGCCUUAGAUGACAAACUUUACCAGAGAGAUUUAGAAGUUGCGUUAGCCUUGUCAGUGAAAGAACCAUCUGCAGACAUCCUUGAAGUGCAAGAUUCAGAAGAACAAGGCAUUAAAAAAUUUACAGCUAUUGAAUUAGAAAAUGUAGACAGCAGUUCCCUCCUCUCCAACUGCAGUGCAGAUAGUGGUCUCUUAGGCCCCAAUCAGGUCCCAGAUGACAAUGACAUCCCCACAGAUGGUCAUAGGCAAAGAAGAGCAGCGUCUAAAGCUGUGUCACAGCAGAAGUUACUGACAGAUAACAGUGAUGAGGGAGACCAUGCUGAUAACUAUGAGUCAGAGUUUGUGUCUGAUGAGGAAUCAGAGAGUGGUUCAGAUUUCAGUGAGAAAGAUGAUGAAGACUUUGCUGCAAAAAACAAGAAAACUAAAAAAAAUAAAAGGAAAGAAAUUAAGUUAAAGGUCCAAACAGAAAAAGAAAAGAAACCCCCCAAAUCCAGAAUUAAUGCUACAGUGACUCCAGUAGUUUCUUCUCCACGGGUAAUCCAAGCAAAAUCUCAGUCAACAUUGAAGGAGACAUCAAGUUCUCCAGAACCUAUUGGAGAACCUUUAUACGCAUCAAGUCCCUCAACAGACAAGAAGAAGCCCAAAUGGAUACCACCAGCUGCCUCAGGAUGCAGUAGUAACCCACUGGGAGGAAUUUCAGUUAAAUCACCUACUCAAGGUCUCAGACUUGGCCUGUCCAGAUUAGCACGAGUGAAACCGCUGCACCCAACUGCUGCCAGCAGUUGAAUGGUCUAUGAAAGUGUCUCUCACUUGAAGGACUACUGUUUGGAAAGAAUUGGGUGUGUGGUAUGAUUCUGUUGUUUUUAAACAGGGUUGAAAACAAAUGAGCAGAAAACUGUUCAUUAAACUGUUCAUUCAGAGGGAGGAAAUGCUGUCGAUGUUGCUUGUCUGAUACUAAUAAAGGGCCUUCAUCCUUCAAGGUGCAGUGUACCACCAGUGAAGUGCUGAGCAGCUUCAGCUGCUGAAUAAUACUUAAUCAACUAGACCUCAGGUUGCUCAGCACCUUGAUGGAUCACACCCAAAGAGAGGGAUUGUGUAUUUGAGAUUGUACCCUUCUGAUGUCUGUCCUCUUUGGGGAAAAAAAAUAGGCAUUACAUUUUUAAAUUGCAUAAAAACAGAAUCUAAAAAGCAGUGUAUCAAUUAUGGAUCUAAAUAUAUAGACUGGAUUCUUAAUGUAACCUUAAAGUUACAGUUUUGAAUUCCAAAUGUUUAGUAUUCAUUCUGUUCAUAGUCCAAUUAAAGCAUCCCUUUAAUAAAGUGAAAUCAUUGUUCCUCUCAGUCCAGAAAAGUUGAUUCUCAAAUCUUUGUUAAAACUUACUGAUAGUUGUAUUUGUGUGGAUUUUAUUUCUAAGAAUGUAUAAUGUGCUGCUUAGAAAACUGUAUUUUUUAAAAAAGUAAAAUAAAAUAUAUUUUAUAAACA